AUGGCCUAUGUAGGCCUCAAACCUCCUCAGCAGGACUGCUUCUUCCCCCAGACAGUGGCAGUAGUGCUGGUGCUCUCCAGAUCAAAGGAAGGUCGCAGGGACAACCUCACCAUGGUGACAGAGUUCCUGCUCCUGGGCUUUUCCAAUGUUCAGGAGCUGCAGCUGCUGCACGCAGGACUGUUCCUGCUGGUUUACCUGACAGCACUGGCGGGGAACCUGCUCAUUGUGAUGGCAGUCACUGUCGAUCUGCAUCUGCAUGCGCCCAUGUACUUCUUCCUGAAAAAUCUCUCCUUGCUGGACUUGGGCUACAUCUCCAUCACGGUGCCUAAGUCGAUCCACAGCUCCCUGACCCACAACACCUCCAUCUCUUACCUUGGCUGCAUGGCCCAAGUCUACUUUUUCUUCACCUUUGCCUCUGCCGAGCUGGCCUUCCUCACUGUCAUGUCGUAUGACCGCUACCUGGCCAUCUGCCAUCCACUCCUGUAUGGCAUUGUGAUGACACCAGGCAAAUGCCAGCAGAUAGCAGCCAUGGUCUGGCUGAGCUGCUUUACCUACGGCUCGGUCCACACCAGCAACAUGUUCAGGGAGCCAGUUUCGCGGUCCAAUACCAUCCACCAGUUCUUCUGCGAUAUCCCUCAUGUGAUGGCCCUGCUUUCCUGUGAGGUUUUCUUCACCGAAUUCGUGACUCUGGCUUUGAGCUCAUGCCUGGUGCUGGGAUGCUUCGUGCUUAUAGUCGUCUCCUACUUCCACAUUUUCUCGACCGUGCUCAGGCUGCCAUCUGUGGAGAGCCGAGCCAAGGCCUUGUCCACCUGCUCCCCACAGCUCACUGUCACCCUGCUCUUCCUGACUUCGGGGCUCUUUGCUGCCUUGGGACCAGUGGCAGAAACUUCCUCCACCCAAGACCUGGUGGUUGCUCUGGCUUAUACAGUUUUGCCUCCCUGCCUGAAUCCCAUCAUCUAUAGCCUUAGAAACAAGGAGAUCCAAGCAGCUGUGUGGAGACUUCUGGGGAAGAUGCGCGCUCUGUGA